CGGACGGAAAUCACUAGAAUUAAUUUUCAUGACAGCUCACGAUCGUUCAUUGCGGUCUCGGUGAUUUGAUUGCUCGUAUACGCACACCUUUUGUAAUACAAGUACAUCGAAUUGGGCAUUUCAAGAUUUGAAAAAUGAGUGAAAACGAGAAUAGAAAUGAGGAGGAAACGCCACAGUCCCAACCGGCAACUGGAUUUGGAGUGCUUACAGCACACAUUGGUCGCAAUAAAAUCGAUUUCGCCUUGUGGUGCACCCGGUUUGCUACGAUUGUAUUCACCUUCAACUAUUUGAUUCCAAUUUUCGGGUCUGGCUACAACAUGUACUACAAAGCUUUGCUGGCUAAUUCCGCAACAAGUGCCCUCCGUCUCCAUCAAAGACUUCCCCAAGUUCAGCUGAGUAGAGAGUUUCUGGGCAAGGUGUUUUUGGAGGAUAGUGCUCAUUACUUGCUCUACUCCAUGAUAUUUUUCUAUUCUCCCCCAGUUACAUGGGUAUUACUUCCAGUAUUUCUCUUUGCAUUGCUCCAUAUCUCCAGCUAUUCUUUGGGAUUGAUUGAGAUCUUGGGUCCAACUGCCUUAGGUGUGGUGAGGAUGGCUAUUGGAAUAGUGGAGGUGCAAAGUGUGAAGCUGUUGAAGACCAUUGCUCUUUCUGAAAUAUUUCUUUUCCCUUUGUUGAUCCUUUCUUUGUUCGGUGGUCGGGCUACGCUCAUGACGCUGUUCGUCUACUACAGAUUCCUUACUCUGCGUUAUUCAUCGAGACGUAAUCCCUAUACAAGGAAUACAUUCGGCGAACUCCGUCUCCUUGUCGAAAGCUACGCCCAAAACCCGUCAUGUCCAGCGGUUAUCCGCAAUCUGGUGUCUAAAUUGGUUUCUUUUAUCUCUCGACUUGCUCCUCCCGUUAUCACUGCUGAACAACAAUAAGACAUUAACAAUUUCGGUUGAUUGCUACACGGGCGCUAACGCCACAAACAAAAUUCCCCAUUUUUGUUUUAUCUAGUUCAGUCCCAUAGAUGUUUGAUGUAUUUUCUUUUGAGUAAGUGUGAAAAAUAAAUUUUUUAUAAAUGUGUAA